CGACCCCGCCCCCUUCCCGCUGCCCACGUGACGCGAGGCCCCGGUGCCGCCAUGAUGGCGGCGGGCGGCGGGGCCGGGCCCGGGCGGGCCCUGGAGGCGCUGCUGGAGAUGGGAUUCGGGGCCCGGCGCGCGGCGAAGGCGCUGGCGCUGACCGGGAACCGCGGGGUGGAACCGGCCAUGGACUGGCUGGUGGCUCACGAGGACGACCCCGACUCGGACUCGGACCCCGAGCCCCCCCUGGAUUUGGGGGCGCUGCCGGCGCUGCUGGGGGGGCCCCGGGCGCCGCCGGGCGAGCAGGACGAGACCCAGAAGGCGCUGUCGGAGGCCGGGCAGGAGCGCGAGCGGCGCCGCCGGGGCCAGGAGCUGGCCAAGCUGCGGGAAUGGCGGCGGGACGAGGAGCGGCGCCGAGCGGCCGAGGAGCGGCGGCGGGACCGGGCCGAGGAGCGCGCUGCGCGGCAGAGAGUGCGGGAGAAGAUCGAGCGGGACAAGGCGGAGCGAGCGCAGAGGUUCGCCCCAGCCCCCCCGGCCGAGCCCCCCAAGGAGGCGCCGGCGCCGCGGGAAUACGACCAGUGCCGGAUCCAGGUGCGGCUCCCGGACGGGCGGGCGCUCACCCAGAGUUUCCGGGCGCGGGAGCCGCUGGCGGCCGUUCGUCUCUUCGUGGAGCUGCACCGGGGCCCGGGGGGCACCGGGGGGGGCACCGGGGGGGACACGGAGCCCUUCAGCCUCCGCACGGCCUUCCCCCGGCGCCUCUUCACCGAGGAGGACAUGGAGAAACCCCUGCAGGAGCUGGGUCUGGUUCCCUCCGCCGUCGUCAUCGUGGCCAAGAAAGAGGGGAGCUGAGGGGAGCGCCGCAAAACACCCCCAAAAAACCCCAAAUAAACCAAAAAAAACCCCAAAA